UUAAACCACCUGACCCCCCCCCCCCCUUUCCACCCGCGGAGCUGCAGACGCAGAAGGGGGCGCGAUUUCGCUUUCCUGUUGGUCUGAGUUCCAGCCAGAACCGCCCUUGCGGUGGGAACCCGGAGACUGUAACUCCACCCCGGCGAGGAGAAAGCCUUGAGGGGAUGACUCGUGGCGAUGGCUUGCAGGGUCAUGAACAAAAGAAGGCAUAUAGGACUUCAGCAGCUUUCCUCGUUUGCACAAACAGGAAGAACAUUCCUAGGCCCUGUAAAAUCAUCAAAAUUUAUUAUUGAUGAAGAGUGUCACCAAAGUGUGUUCAUCAGCUCAACAGUAAGGCUUCUUGAAAGUUUAGAUAUGACCAGUGCCGUGGGCCAACUUCUCAAUGAAGCAGUUCAAGCACAGAAUAGCACGUACAGAACUGGGGCCACUACUCUUUUGUUUCUUGCUGGUGCAUGGAGCAGUGCUGUUGAAGAAUGUCUCCAUCUUGGUGUCCCCAUUUCUAUAAUAGUGUCAGUCAUGUCUGAAGGCUUGAACUCUUGUUGUGAAGAGGUGCUUUCCCUUCAGGUACCUGUCCAUGAUAUAUUUGACCAUAUGGACAGCAUGGAAGCAGUCUCUGAAUUUGAGACAGUUAGUGUCAGUUUGUGUCCUUUUCUGCAAGACCCUUCAGGUGCUAGUUCAAUACAGGAAAAGCACAAUCUCAAAGAUAUGGCACCUCACUUAUCCCCUCACAAUCUUUGUGGAAGACCUGUCAAAUCGCUUGAAUUCUUCAAACCUCAGGCUAACAUUGAAGCAACUGAAAAUACAUCACAAGCUCUGAAAACUAGUCUGCGUGCAGAUACCUGCUUCAGAAAGUCAGUGUUGAUCCACAGUAGGCAUCUUAACAGGACAGCUACCAGUCAGUGGCUACAGAAACCAGAUAGAUUUUUGGAACUGUGUGGUGACACUACUUUCCAGACUUACAGGUGUCAUGACUUGGUUGAGUUGGCCACGGGCUUGAGUCAUGGAGAUGCAAGCAGCAUGAAACUGGUGGAAGAAGCUGUACGGCUGCAGCAUCAGAGUGCGUGUAUGCAGCCAGGCAACUGUGUGGUGCCAUUUGUGUUUGACAUCUCAAGACUCUUCACUUUCUGUCUACCAGGCUUGCCUGAAGCCCUGUCUUGUGUUUGUCCAGGAUAUAUCACUCUGGUAUCAACGUCUAGUGCUGCUGUGGUCCAGGAAUUGCAGAGUCAGCCUAUCCGGGUAAUUCUCAUUCAGGGUGACCUCACAAAGAGUUACCGCCACCUGGGAUUUAAUAAGUCUACAAAUAUUAAAACAGUGCUAGAUAGCAUGGAUCUUCAAGAAGACAGCUCAGAAGAAGUGUGGGCAAAGCACGUUCUGCAGCUGUUAUUCCAGUUCAGUGUGAACCUUGUGCUGGUGGAAGGAGAUGUAUCUGAGCACUUGGCUGAAAAGUGCCGGCACAGUAAUCGACUGGUUGUUGGGUCAGUGAAUGGCCGUGCGAUCCAGGCUUUGGCGGAGGCUACAGGAGCAGUGCAGGUGGCCUACAUCACACAAGUGAAUGAAGACUGCGUGGGCAGUGGGAUCUCUGUGACCUUGUGGAAAAACCCACUGGAUGCUGUAGAUCGGAGCAAUAGGAUGGCAGUCUUAUUAAAAACAGAAGGAAUUAAUGUGAUUACAGCAGUGCUCGCUAGCCCAGUCAGUGCGCAGAUGCAAACUAAAGAAGAUAGAUUCUGGACUUGUGCAUAUCGUGUGUAUCAUGCUCUAAAAGAAGAGAAGGUCUUCCUUGGAGGCAGCGCAGUUGAAUUUUUGUGCCUCAGCCAUCUUCACAUUCUUGCUGAGCAGCCUCUGCACAAAGGAGACCAUGCCUGUUUGGGAUGGCUUCAUGAUACUUCCUCUUGGCUAGCCUCAUCUCUGGCAGUGUACAGACCAACUGUGCUUAAGUGCCUGGCCAGUGGAUGGCACAAGUACCUCUCAGUGCUUCUAUAUAACACUGCCACUUACUCAUCAGAACUGGAAGCCAGCACGUUCAUUCAGCAGCAUCUACAAAAUGCGAUAGACUCUGGCUGUCCUUCAUCGUAUAUAUUGAAAGAAUACAAUAAGCUAAAUAGUGGAAUCUUUAACUCAGACAUUUCAAAUACAGUAGAGCACAUUCCAAGAGUUUAUGAUGUGCUUACACCAAAGAUUGAGGCAUGGCGCCGAGCACUGGAUUUAGUCCUCUUAGUGCUGCAGACAGACAGUGAAAUUAUCACUGGAUCUGGACAUGCACAGAUCAAGUCACAGAAACUAGAGGGCUUCUUAUUUUUGUAAUGCUAUUGGUUAAGUCUUUGGAAAAUAAUCUUUUGUAAUAGAUCCUAUGAGCAAUAAACUUAUUAAUA